GGGUAGUCAGCGCCGCGGGGUGAAGGGGCGCGUCCUGGUCGCCGGCCCCGUCAGUGUACUCAUUUUCCGGAUGGAGAGCCGAGGCACCGAGAAGCUGAAGCCACAGAAGAAGCCAGCAGCGGAGCUGCGACGAGGGCCCUGAGAGCUGGACCUCAGGGCCCUCGCGCCGUAUCUGCUUUUUAAAUAUUGGCAGCUAAUUCAUGAAAUAAAUUUAGAAAAUUGGUUAAUCCAAUGGUGUGUGCUGGUGGGAUCCACUUCCACCUUCGCAGUGGAGGCUGGAAAGGCGAGAGCAAGGUUGACAGGCGCUAGCGCACAGCCGUGCUGGAAUAUUCGUUCAUGAAAGUAGAAAUGGAGCGUCUUCCAGGCCGGCCAACAUGCCCAUCAUGGUGGAAGACAUCAUGAAGUUGCUCUGCUCCAUCUCCGAGGAGAGGAAGAUGAAGGCAGCCGUUAAGCACUCUGGGAGGGGUGCCCUGGUCACGGGGGCCGUGGCCUUCGUUGGUGGUUUGGUCGGUGGCCCACCGGGAUUGGCUGUUGGGGGAGCCGUCGGGGGUCUCUUAGGUGCCUGGAUGACGAGUGGACAGUUUAAGCCAAUUCCUCAGAUCAUCAUGGAGCUGCCCCCCUCUGAGCAGCAGAAGCUCUUUAACGAGGCGGCUGCCAUCGUCAGGCACCUGGAGUGGACGGACGCCGUGCAGCUGACCGCGCUGGUCAUGGGCAGUGAGGCCCUGCAACAGCAGCUGCUGGCCAUGCUGAAGUCACUUCUGAGGAAGCUGUGUUCCUGUGCCCUUCUGCACUGGUGUGCGCUGGUGACCCGGGAGGCUGGCCUGCAGUCGUUGUCCUGCCUGCCGGGGACACAGGGCAGUGUUCUGACUGCUCUGCUGUUGGCACGAGUCUGGAGGGUCACGGUGUUCACCUGACUCUGACCACACGUCUCUGUCCCUCCUGCUGGGCCUUCUCACCUUGUGCAGAUGGCUCCUAUUCCAGGCACCUGUUGCAGGACUGCCUCCCCUCCCGUUGGGGCCCGGGAUCUCAGGGCUGGGGACAGCCCAUGCUGGGAUCAUGCUUCCCUCCUGACUUCACCCCUCCCUCCCAGUGACCUCUGAGUGGGCCCCUGGGGGCAGGAUGGGCCUGGCGAGGAAGCCACAAAGGCCAAGGGUACCUGGCCCAUCCUCCCACUCAGCUGCAUCCAAGGCCCUCCAGCCCGGGGUCUUGCUUUACCCUUCUGAAAAAUCACAGUACUUCUUGAGUUAUGCCUUUUAAUUAAAUAUGUUCAUUAUAAA